AGAGAUCUGAACUGGGAUAGUGGAAAAGUUACGUCGCUCACCACAGCAGUGUCACACAAUAGUGGGCACACCGGGGAAUUUACAGCAGUCUAGGAAAGAUGCUGGAACGGAAGGAGCCUGUAAACGUUAAUAUAUGAAUAGUUUGUUCUUUGCGGUUGAGAAAUAAUUGUAAGAGUGAGUUGACAUAUUUGUGCCCUUUCGAUAAAUGUUGCAAUAGCUGCGCACCUGGAUAAGCUACUUUGAAAAGGAUCUUCACACUAGCGCUUUACCAAUACGACGUUUCAAACAGCAAGGUCAUUUUGAUUAGCACCAGAAGUUUGCAAUGUUUUGCCGAAAUCAAACAACAAGAGCCACGAUUGCCCGGGGUUCAGCCCUUGAAAUGGAGAUACGGAGAGGAAAAUUCAGACGAAGUGUUUUCUUGGACACUUUACAGGACAGUAACAUCCAGAAGAAGAUAGACCAUGAGAUCCGGAUGCGUGACGGGGCCUGUAAGCUGCUGGCUGCCUGCUCCCAGAGAGACCAGGCCCUAGAGGCCUCCAAGAGCCUGCUCACCUGCAACAUCCGCAUCAUGGCCUACAUGUCAGAGCUGCAGAGGAUGAAGGAGGCCCAGGUCAUGCAGAGGGUCGCACUAAGGUCAUCGGAUGCAGGGCCCACGGACGACAGACUACCCUGUAAAGGAAAGGUGGCCAUCUCAGACCUGCGGAUCCCUCUCAUGUGGAAAGACACAGAGUACUUCAAGAAUAAAGGAGAGCUGCAUCGGUGUGCAGUGUUCUGUCUGCUCCAGGUGGGGGCGGAGAUCCACGACACAGACAUGGUGAUAGUGGACCGGACACUCACCGACAUCUGCUUUGACAACACCAUAGUGUUCAGCGAGGCCAGCCCGGGAUUUGAGCUGCGCGUGGAGAUGUACAGCUGCUGUUCAGAGGAGGACUACUCGACAGGGAGCACGUCUCGGAAACUAGCCAGCAAACUGAGCAGCUCUCUGGGCCGUUCGGCAGGGAAGAAGCUCCGCGUCGCCAUGGACCCUGGAGCCUGCAGCCCCAUCAGCAACGGAGGAGGAGCCACGCUGCUGCUGCCUCUGCCCACAGUGGUGGGACCGAAGUACCAUCUCUUGGCCCACACCACCCUGUCACUGUCACACGUCCAGGACAGCUUCCGCACACAUGACCUCAGCAUCUCGGGCAACGAGGAGUGUUCACACUGGGUGCCUCUCUACGGCAAUGUGUGUUGUCGCCUGGCUGCCCAGCCUCACUGUAUGACCCAACAGAUGAUGAGCGGCUGCUUGAAGGUCAAGCAGUUUGGAGGUGACCCUCAGAGUUGGACAAACGUCUACGGCGUCCUUAAAGGGACAAACCUUUUCUGUUACCACCGGCAAGAGGAUGUAGAGGCUAACAUAGAGCCGGCUUUUACCAUUUCCAUCAAUAAGAAGACGAGAAUACGGGCGUCGGAGAAGGACCGCCACAAUAAGGCCCAGAGUAUCUGUAUCAGUAACCAUUAUGGAGGAGAGGAGGUGACACACACACUCUCAGCAGACAGUCGUGAAGACACACACCGCUGGAUGGAGGCCUUCUGGCAACAGUUCUAUGACAUGAGCCAAUGGAAGCAGUGCUGUGACGACUUAAUGAAGAUUGAGCUGCCAUCGCCCCGGAAACCAACCCUGGUCACAUCGAAACAGGGUUCUCUUUACCACGAAAUGGUUAUUGACACCUCUGAUGACAUCAGUACGGUGACGGACAUCCUGGCGCGGCGGAUGGAGGAGCUGGAGCUGAGGAGCCAGCUGGGGACCUCUCCUCCCUGGAUGUCCCUGUUCGAGGAGUCUCCUGGUUGCCCCCGCACCCACAACCGCCUCCCCCACAGCCCCCUGCGCUGCCCCCGGCCCGGCCUGCUCUCCUCAGAAGCCAGCCUGACCUCGGACAGCGACAGCCCCUGCAGCACCAGCCCUUGCUCCCGCUACAGUGGCUGGGCAGAGCCCCUCUCCCUCUCCUCCCCCUCCUCACACUUCCGCCCCCGCACCCUCUCCCUGGACGCCAAGCUCAGCACCCUCAGGGGCAGGGGGUAUGGAGGGGUGUUACAGUGCUCCUGUCAGCCCCCCUCCUCCUCCUCCCUUGCCCCCAUCCCAGCCCAAUGCGUCCCCCAGGCCACCCUGUCCUGCUCCAGCUCUACCUCCAGUAACAGCUCCAGCGAGGGCAGCCACAGCCCUGAGUUGUCAGACGGCACCCCUUUCUCACGCCCCUCUUCGGCCCGUCAGAGCCUCAGGAACUUGAGGGCUAAACUGGACCCCCGGAAUUGGCUCCAGAGCCAGGUAUAACCCAGCUCAGACCCCACUCAUCUAAACCACAGAGCCAGGUAUAACCCAGCUCAGACCCCACUCAUCUAAACCACAGAGCCAGGUAUAACCCAGCUCAGACCCCCAGAUCACCCAAGGUCCUGGUAAGAACUGACAGGAAGGAAGCCCCCACUUCCUCUCUGAUGAAAGGGCGUUGGUAUUAACUGGAAUGACUUCACUCUAAUGACAGGAGAAUUGUGAAUUGUCAGUGUAUGGGAAUGUUUAGUAUCUGAAUGUGGUCAGAGGGUUGUUGGUGUAACUUGUGAUCUAUUCAAAUGGCUAGACCCACUGUCGCCUGUAAUAGCAAUUAAAUCCUGCCAGAAAAAGUCCUCUGAAACUACUAAUACACUGAUUUGCUUAUUGCAUGAUAGUGCUCGAAGUCGAGGAAUGUGUUGUUUCAGAUCUUUAAACUUCUCAGAAAGUGAAUGAAUUUUGAAAGCUCAACUUAAUGCAACUGUGCUCCCAUUAAUUUACUGUGCUACUUGUUACUACUGUGAUAACAUCAGGGUCACUUCCUCGGCUGGGUUUCCAGAACUUCCCCUACAUUCAUUAACACAUUGUAGGCCUAAUACACAUCAACCAAUAUUUGAGUUCACCAGGACAUUCCGUUAAGAAACUGACAACAAUUAUUUGUACCAAUGUAUGGAGUAAUUAUAAUGAAUUGAAGGAAGCCUAAGGUAAUGUACUACAUAAUCACGAGAAGCCAUAUUAACUCCUGUGUUACACUGCCUCAUUCAAGUUCCGGGGUGCAAAUGUACUGACUGAAGAGCGUAGAACCUGGGAAUGUGCAUACAUGGGUGAAGAGUUUUGGAAUCCCACAACUCUGACCUCUUUGUUGAUUUAUAGCUUAGUUUGUGGUACUACAGUCAUAACGUUAUGCCCGGCAAACCGGUCUCAGAAUUCUGCUGCAAUAUGAUAUGAAACAUUGUAAUCGAUCAAAUAUGCAAUGCAGGAAAUAUUGAUCUCUAGAAAAUAUUGUGUUGUGUUUUUUGUCUUAAAAUAGUGUAGUCUUUCACCUAAUGCCAAGCAGCUGAUUGUAUUGGUUAAGUGAUGAGGUGGGCAGGGGUAGGUGUGUCCCUGGUCUGUGCAGUAAAGCCUAACAAUCCCUGUGCUUCUAAUGGACUUUCUAACAUGCCACUGUGUCCCAAGGGCUCACAGCUGGCUCACUCCUUUUUACUCAGAGUAAAACAACUGUACAUGCUUCAAAGUGGCAUUUGUUACUGUAAAGUUUUUUUAAUAAGUUAACAAAACUCUUCUUUUUCUUAUACAUUAUUACGUGAUUGAUUUUGUUAUAAAUACAGCUAUAUUGAUUUAUUUUAACAGAUUGCAUAUCUAUAACUGUGUCUAAUAGAUAACAUUGAAUGUUAACAAGAGUGUCUUGUGUUAGCAGACUGUCUGCAUGCACGUCAUCCUGGGGGAGAAAGAAAUAAGGACUCAGUCAUGUUUUAAAUAUUGUAUUAAACAUAACAAUAAUAAAUGGUGUAUCCAUU